GUCAGUUAAGGAUCCCUUCCUCCUUUCCUACACAAAGUUUGAAACACAAUGUAAUACAAUCGACUAAAACAUUUUCCUGCAGAGACUGUAUUUCUGUGGUACGAGUCAUUGCUCUCUCCAUGCCUUAGCCACAGUUAAUAAACAAACGAGGAAUAAAGGUGGAGUCUUUAGGAAUGGGAGGUAUGAGAAAACCCACAAAUCUGGUAACCACCUCUCUUUGUCAUUACAGCUGGCUGUAGAGGAAGUACAGACUAAAUACUGUACACUGAGCGCAUCAUACAUCUUGAAGCUUUUUGUCGCCAGCAUCCACACUUUGUUUUCCUGAGUUAAAGAACUAAAAUAGUCUUCUCAGGGCUGCAAAGAGGACCUUAAGCUGAUUGUUUUGGACUGCACCGAUCACCACUGUGACCAGAACAUCAAAAAUACCUUCACAACUAACAGAUGGCUGCAUCUACUUGGGUCAAAGUGAAGGAAGAGGUGAAGGAAAAGGAUGUUGGUUCAAAGGGUCAACACUCACAUCAGUUCAGAGUGAAAUUCCCAUAUGACAACAAUGUGGAAUACACCGUUUCCUGCAAACAACCUUGCACAGUACUGGAGGCAAUAAAAUUACAUCUAGAAAAAGAAUUCAUGAGGAUGAAGGAGAAGACGAACUGCACAGACCAGAAACUCAUUAUUCAGCUGGGUAAAAAGGGUAUUGUUCCAACACAUUUUCCAUGUACGUGUAUCAUGAACGAUGAGUGCCUGACCAUACACUGUAAAACACAAGAAGUCGAAGAGGCCCGAGAUCAACAUGACGAAAUAUUACAAAGAGACAAAUAUUCUGUCUUCUACAUUUCUAAAGAUGGAGGGCAAAACGCCAAGUCAAAAAAACUUUUUAGAAGCAAUGCUGUGAAAGAGUUCAGUUAUCUCUGUGUCUAUGCAAAGAAAGGGACGACUGUGGAGGAGGCUCUGCAAAAAGAUGGUCGCUUCAAUGACCUCAAAGACUUCAAGCUGUCCGAAGAAGAGGAUUCAAAGCAACACAAGUGCACACAAGAGGUUGACAAUCUAGAUGAGAAAAAGUUCAAGAUAUGUCUAUAUAGACAAACAAACCAUGCAAAUCAAAAGGCCAACAGUGAGCAACUGGGACAGCAGAACCAGACAAGUACAUCAGAAAAGCCAAAACACAAGUUUAACACCAACUCAAUGUUAAAUCAAGCACAGCCAAGUGGGAACAGUGUAAGAAGAGUAAUUACAGAGACAGGCGACACUAAGAAGAUGUAUGAGCUGUUUCCACAUUUGCAAGAAUGGAUAGAGAGUGAUUCUUUUCCUGAAACACUGGAGCUGAAGAAGGAGAAUUUUAGAAAAAUCAAACAGUCUUUCAGUCAAACUGAGAGACUCAUGAAGCUGUUAAAACUGGGGGAGUCAGUUUGUUUGGUAAAAAUUGAUGCAUUUAAAGCCAUAGUUCAGGGCACAGGCUUUGUACUGUAUGAUAACUUUGUCUUGACGAACGCCCACUUAUUUGAAGUGUGUAUGGGCUUGCAAAAAGAUAAAUGGCCAGAUCAUGUCAAGAUUAAUGUUGUGUUUACCUUUGAAAAAGGUGAGGGUGAAUCAAUCAAGAAAGAGUUCAAAGCUAAUAUGUGGGGCGGUGUUAUUCCUCUCGAUUAUGCCAUACUUGAGCUCGAUGUUGAGAGUCAAAGCUCCAACCAAACAACAGAAACAGAGGAAACCAAAGUACCACCAGGUCUUCUCUGUAAAUUUGGUCCAUCACCUAAGGAUGGUGAAGCCUGUAUUAUUGGUUUCCCAGGAGGAAAUGAAAAAGAAAUAGAUCCUACAUGCAUCAUUACAAAAGAAAAUAUAAAGGAGGCAGUUGGCAAAAAUUUAGAGGAGUACAAGGACUAUAUUUUCACACUUUACUCAGUCAGUCAAGAGAUAGAAAAGAGCUCAAAAGAUUGUGUGACCUACAAUACUUUCAUGUAUUAUGGUGCUUCUGGCUCCCCAGUGUUUGAUGGUUUUGGCCGAGUUUUUGGUUUGCACACUGGCGGCUUUUUCUUUGGCUUUGUAAAGCCUAAAGAGAGUGUAAUUGAGCUUGCACUACCUCUGCUGGCUAUAUUUGCAGACUUUGUGGGUCAACUGAAGAAGAGUGGAAAUAACAAGCAGUUGGAGAGAAUUCAGGCAGAAGCAAAGGGAAACCCAUACCUAGAACAGGAACUGAAUCGUCAGUUGAGGGACUGAAUAGAGAGGAGCCAGUGGACAUCGAAUAGCUAACCCAGAUCAGAAGCUCCUCAAAAGAAUGGCAAACCCCAUUUUGCUGUAUUUUCUAGACGGUGUCCCAAAAGUUCGUUCUUCCCACUGGACAACAUGUUUGAUUGGUUGUCACCAAAAUGUAUUACAGUAUGGUUUGUGACGGCUAUGUCUGCUUUAGGUCUCUCAGAGCUGCACAUUGUGCCUCAAGGUACCACUGUUAAUGCACAAUAUUAUACCACUAACAUUCCAAAAAACGUACUACUGCCAGUUUUGGCCUGGAGGAAAAAAUCAGGGCAUGUGACUGAACGGAACAAAUCUGUUUAAGAUGGAUCCUAUUUAACUGACUGACACUUCAGCUGGAUUUAUUUGCUGGAGGUUUUUUGUUUGUCAUGUUUUCUACCUGCUCUGGAUUAUGUUUUUGUGUCUAAAGUAAUGUCCUGUGAUCAGCUUUAAGAUGAGAAUUGAUGAGGUACUGUUAUAAAAUUACAAUGAUUUUAUGAUUAAAAUGUUGUAAAAUUAUAAUGACGUUAUGAUUAAAAUGUUAUAAAAUUCUAAUGAUGUUAUGCUUAAAUGCUCUUUAUGAUUUCAAACUACUGUGUAACUAUGUGACUGUGAACUCAUAUAACCCAAUGUACCCUUUAAAUUUCCAUGGUUUAACUUUGGCCAUGAAAAUAUAAGAAGUUUGUCCUGCAAGCAGCAGGUUGAAACUGGCUACACUGAAACUGAUCAUACGAAUGUAACUUGUUUAUGUGCCUGCUUAAUUCUCUUUUCAGGUGACAAGCUGGAACAACAUGUGGGUGCAAAAACAUUUGUUUCAACUUGCAUAAAGGGUGAUUUUUUGCAGCCAAGUCAAAAGUAAAUUUGUCCAGUACCUGCUAGCACAUGACCAAAGACUGACCUGACCCAUCAAGCCAGGCCUUCUACAUAUUUUGGGAUCUGUAGUUGCCUUAAAAUGACUCCAAGUUGUAAAUGUAUCAAUAUUUUGUUGUGUCUGUGUGUGUAUGUGUGGCAAAGACACUUGUUUCAGUGCUUCCAUCAUGGAACAUUAAAGUUAUGAGAAUAACUGAAAA